GAAGCGCGCGGCAGCGGCGACGCGCGGAGGUGUGGAGGCGCGCGGGCCCUGCGGCCCCGGCGAGCGGAGCGGGGCCCCGCCGCGGCCCCCCCCGCAUGGCGUGGCCCUGAGGGGCCAUGACCGACCAGGAGAACAACAACAGCAUCUCCAGCAACCCCUUCGCCGCCCUCUUCGGUUCCAUCGCCGACGCCAAGCACUUCGCCGCCGUCCAGAAGCAGCAGCAGCUGCGGCAGCUGAGAGGCGACGAGGCUUCGGUCAGCCAAGAUGACUCGGACAACAGCAUCUCUGAGAGCCUGGAUGACUGUGAUUACUCGGUGGCUGAGAUCAACCGCUCCUUCCGCUCGCAGCGAGAGCUGUGCGAGCAGCUUAACAUCAACCACAUGAUCCAGAGGAUCUUCCUUAUCACCCUCGACAACAGCGAUCCUAGCAUGAAGAGUGGGAAUGGGAUCCCAGUGCGCUGCGUCUAUCUGGAGGAAAUGGCCGCAGACCUGGACGAGCAGGACUGGCUGGACAUGGACAAUGUCGAGCAGGCCCUGUUCACCCGCUUGCUGCUGCCGGAGCCUGCAAACCACCUGAUUUACAUGACCUCUGCCAGCACACAGAACCUCUCUGCCGACCGGGACGCCGGGGAGAGGCAGAUCCUGCGCUACCUCUACGCCUGCUUCCAGAGGGCAAGAGAAGAGAUAACCAAAGUCCCAGAGAGCCUGCUGCCCUUUGCCGUGCGCUGCCGGAACCUGACGGUAUCCAACACCCGCACUGUCCUCCUCACCCCAGAGAUCUAUGUCAACCAAAAUGUGCACGAGCAGCUGGUGGACCUGAUGCUGGAGGCGCUGCAAGGGGCCCACUUUGAAGGUGUGACUGCAUUUCUGGAGGAGGUGAUAGAAGCCCUGACAAUGGAUGAGGAGGUGCGAACGUUUGGGGAGGUGAUGGUUCCAGUCUUUGAUAUCCUGUCGGGCAGAAUCAAGGACCUGGACCUCUGCCAGAUCCUGCUGUACACGUACCUUGACGUGCUCCUCUACUUUACAAAGCAGAAGGACAUUGCCAAGGUUUUUGCAGGCUAUAUCCAGCCCAAGGAUCCCAGCAAUGGACAGAUGUACCAGAAGACGUUGCUGGGUGCCAUUUUGAACAUCUCCUGCUUGUUAAAGACGCCCGGCGUCGUGGAGAACCAUGGCUAUUUCCUAAAUCCAUCCCGAUCCAGCCCGCAGGAGAUCAAAGUGCAGGAAUCCAACAUCCACCAGUUUAUGGGCCAGUUCCACGAGAAGAUCUACCAGAUGCUGAAGAACCUGCUGCAGUUGUCUCCAGAGACGAAACACAGGAUUCUUUCCUGGCUGGGAAACUGCCUCUACGCGAAUGCAGGCCGCACCAAAAUCUGGGCUAACCAGAUGCCGGAGAUCUUCUUCCAGAUGUAUGCCUCAGAUGCCUUCUUCCUUAACCUGGGAGCUGCCCUCCUGAAGCUCUGCCAGCCCUUCUGCAAACCAAAAUCUCCGAGGCUGCUCACCUUCAACCCCACCUACUGUGCCCUGAAGGAGCUGAACGAGGAGGAGAGGCGCAGCAAGAAUGUACAUAUGAAAGGUUUGGAAAAAGAAACGUGCUUGAUACCUGCUCCAAGCGAGCAAGAGCCGGAGUUUGCGAACAGCUACAACCUGGUGACAGAAAACCUGGUUCUCACACAGUACACCCUUCACUUGGGAUUCCACAGGUUGCAUGACCAGAUGGUAAAGAUAAACCAAAGCCUUCACCGCCUGCAAGUAGCAUGGCGAGAAGCUCAGCAGAGCGCCAGCCCGGCUGCCGACAGCCUCCGGGAGCAGUUUGAGCGCCUGAUGACCAUCUAUCUCUCCACGAAGACGGCAAUGACAGAGCCGCAGAUGCUGCAGAACUGCCUGAACCUGCAGGUGUCCAUGGCAGUUCUGCUGGUGCAGCUGGCCAUGGGAAACCAUGGGACGGAGCCGCUAGAGCUGAGCUUCCCGCUGCCGGAGGUGGAAAACAGCGCAUUGGCCUAUGUGCCAGAAUUCUUUGCUGAUAAUCUGGGCGACUUCUUCAUUUUCCUGCGGCGUUUUGCUGAUGACAUCCUGGAGACUUCUGCUGAUUCUCUGGAGCAUGUCCUUCACUUCAUUACUGUGUUCAUGGGUGAUGUGGAGAGGAUGAAAAAUCCUCACCUGCGAGCCAAGCUGGCAGAAGUGCUGGAAGCGGUGAUGCCGCACUUAGACCAGGCCCAGAGCCCACUCGUCUCCAGUGUGUUUCAUCGCAAGCGAGUGUUCUGCUCUUACCGAAAUGCUGCCCAUCUUGCUGAGGCACUUAUCAAAGUCUUUGUGGAUAUCGAGUUUACUGGCGACCCACACCAGUUUGAACAGAAGUUCAAUUACCGCCGCCCCAUGUAUCCCAUCCUGAGGUACAUGUGGGGCACGGACUCAUACCGGCAGAGCAUAAAGGCCCUGGCUGAUUACGCCUCAGAGAACCUGGAGGCAAUGAACCCCCCUCUCUUCUUGCGCUUCCUUAAUUUGCUGAUGAAUGAUGCCAUUUUCCUGUUGGAUGAAGCCAUACAGUACCUCAGCAAGAUCAAAGUCCAGCAGAUCGAGAAGGACCGCGGCGAGUGGGACAGCCUGUCCCAGGAGGCUCGCCGCGAGAAGGAGUCAAGCCUGCAAAUGUUUGGUCAGCUGGCACGCUUCCACAACAUCAUGUCCAACGAAACCAUCGGCACUCUGGCCUUCCUGACCUCUGAAAUCAAGUCCCUGUUCGUGCAUCCUUUCCUUGCCGAGCGCAUCAUCUCCAUGCUCAACUACUUCCUGCAACACCUGGUUGGUCCUAAAAUGGGAGCUCUGAAAGUCAAGGAUUUCAGUGAGUUUGACUUCAAGCCGCAGCAGCUCGUGUCCGACAUCUGCACCAUCUACCUGAACCUCGGGGAUGAAGAAAACUUCUGUGCCACCGUGCCCAAGGACGGCCGCUCCUACUCACCGACACUCUUUGCCCAGACCGUUCGGGUUCUGAAGAAAAUCAACAAGCCCGGCAACAUGAUCGUGUCUUUCAGUAACCUGGCUGAGAGAAUCAAGUCUCUUGCAGACCGCCAGCAGCAGGAGGAGGAGACGUACGCGGAUGCCUGCGAUGAGUUCCUGGAUCCAAUCAUGAGCACUCUGAUGUUGGACCCGGUGAUCCUGCCCUCCUCCCGUGUCACUGUGGACCGGUCAACCAUCGCCCGGCACCUCCUCAGUGACCAGACGGAUCCUUUUAACCGAAGCCCCCUCACUAUGGACCAGAUCAGACCAAACACAGAGCUCAAAGAGAAGAUCCAGCGGUGGCUCGCAGAGAGGAAAAAGCAGAAGGAGGAGCUGGAGGAGACACUGAACUGAAAGCCGGGGUCUUAUCCCUUGACCUACGGUCUCUAGCGAGAUAACUGCCUUGCAGGGGUAACGGUGGGAGCUCCAGAGCUCAAUCCAGGCUGUGUUUUGUGCAUUGCCACCACCUCCGGACUCUCUCCUAGGACCUCCCUUCCCAUCCCUUCUUCUGUUUUCCUUUCAUAAGCUGCUCUUUAUUCUCCAGACUCUCUACUGCACUACAGCUUUGAGCCUCUGCCUCGGGGAAGACCGCAGCCUCUUCCUCCUGGUGCCCCGGCCCUCUGUUUCUUGUUCUUCCUGUUGGCCAUGUUUUUUUGCAGUGGCACCAAGCCCCCCGCUCUGUUCUGCUGCCGUGUGCUCCCACGCUGUUUAAACUCUGUGCGUGUAACGUGGAGGCGAUGCCUCUGCAGCCGGGCGCGGGCUGGAGGGGAACAGUGCUGUAGCAAGUUCUCUUUUCUGAGUGAUCUGUGGGAAAGGAGGGUUGAUAAUUAAAUUAAAUGCAGAGGUGAUCUUACAGCUCCGGGGAGCUUUGGCUGGGGGCGCAGCGGCACUGGCAGCUCUGUGAGUCGCACAGGAUUCAAAUCCACGGGAUCUGGAGCAGCACCGGCACUGCCUGGGACUCAAACCCACGGAGCGGUACCAGCACAGCCCGAGAUUUGAAUCUGUGCUGCCGGGAGUGGCGCUGCCCUGAACUCAAAAGUGUGGGAGCUGCAUCGGCAGCA